AUGGAGGAGAUAGACGACGAUGAGCUCACGAUAUAUUACAUAGACGACGCUGGUAAAAAUCAAGGACCUUUUGCUGCAACUGUUGUUCUCGGGUGGGUUCAAAAAGGGCACUUUUCUGAUAAACACUGCUUCCGAAUAACUGAUAAUGGCCAGCGAAUCGGCAAGCUCAUCACGAUUGAUACAACAGUCGGAGAGUUGAAAGCAACUUUCGGAGAAGAAGCACCUAUCCCCGUGAAAAUUCAAACAGUGUUGGAUACACGCUCUGAAAACUCUCCAGUGUACUCUUUUGGACGCACUGUGCUUUCAUCCCGGGCAAAGAGCCCAGUUCGUUUUCAACCUUUUCAUGUUAAAUCUUCUUCCAAUCUUAAAGAACUCGACAAAGUUGAAUCACAAGCAGGAACCGGAAAAAUAAGCCAGCAUCAAACCGAAAAACUUAUAAAACGAGAAGAUUCUGAAGAGUAUUCAUGGGUUCCAAAUGAAAACGAGAAACGAUUGUCAAUCUCGAAUCAUGAUUUGAAGUCAGAUCUGGAGCCUCCACCGAAUUUCACGAGGAAAGAAGGGAGGUCAGACAACAACUCCGAAUCGAAAAAGGAAAACUUCGCGAAACAGGAAAAAAACAUUUCAUUCCGGAAUAAGAAUAUCCCGUUUUAUCAUAAAGACAAAAACAACGUCGUCAUAAUCGAGCUCACUAAACUAAUCCAACUUGAUUAUAACAAUCUCAGUAAAAAAGAGCGAGACCGUCUCCAUUCAAAUAUCAAGGAAUGGGAUUUACCAGAACGUUGCAAAGUAUGCGACUGCGAACUGAAAAUGUCAGCCAACUUUUUAUCCCAUGUCUUGUCCACCGCUCAUAUAAAAAAAAGCUGUUCCAAGAACGCGUUCCGUUUCACAUUCGAAGGAGAUUAUAUGACGGUCAAAAAUGAGAUUGAGCAAGCCAAAAAAGAAGAAAAAGAAGCAGAUAUUCGGGAACGCUUCAAUAAGCAUUAUCCCAGAAAACAGUCAGGACCGAAACACACAAACCCGGAAUCGUUCCAGUCGGCUGAUCCGGAUAUUCCUUUUCACGCAAGACAAAAAUGUGCGCAAUCUAGAUACUCAUUUUAUCAAGAUUGUUUAAAUAUACAGUUCCAGUCAAUAGUUUAUAAAUUUGAGUUGUUUUCAGUUCAAAAUGACCAACUUGGAGAAUAUGUCUCAGUAUUCCUGACCCACGAAGAAAAUUUCGUAUGGACUAUACAGAUCAAGAAGAGAACUUGA